UAUCAAUUACAAAAAUGGCCUUUCUCAUUCUACUGAGCAUAUGGCUGAUGUAGAGUGGAUAGAGUUACAACAUUAUAAUGGCCUUUCCCAGUCAUCUCUUGCCUUCGCGAUGGGCGAGCAGCCGGACCUCCUGUCGCUUGCCAAGCAUAUAUGGCACUGGAACUUUGAAGGCGCUUGCUGUUGGAGUGGUCGCGCUACGGGCUCUUGUUCGUCGUCCCGUGUGUGUUUGUUCGUCGUUCUUGUGGCAGUGACUAACUGUUAGUAUAACAAGUACUCAGCUACCACUUCUCUAGCAAUGACUUCCAUGUCAAUUCCAAUACUCAAUCUCGCUCUACCAGGUGACUAUCUUUGGCCCCUGCGGUGCUCUCGAUGGCGGAUUUGGGAUCCUCCGCCUUGGUUUGUGAUGGUUUGAUUCGUGGCCGGCGCGUCGGGGCUGCGGCGAAACUCACUGGGCCGCAUUUCAGUCGGCUCCCGGUGGCAUGCCUUGGAUAUAGCUCCCUUCAAUAACUUCAAAUAGCGGUCGUUUUCGACUGCCCCACUUAAGUGAGCAAAGCACAACCCAGUUAACUACAGGCCUGUGGCGGUCUUGCAGGUGGCGUAUAAGAUUAUACGCAACGCGCACAAGAGGCAGCUUGGGAGCAUCAUAAGAGACACCACGGGAAGGGUGCGGCAAUAUGGCUUCCAGGCCAGGAUGGGGCGCCGGGACUAUCUGCUGGAUGUGAAGGAGAUCAUAGAGGCAGACGAGGCGGCGGAUCUCACGCUGGCACUGUGUGACUUGCGCAAGGCCUUCGAUCGAGCGAGGAGAGACAAGCUGUGGAGGAUCAUGCUAGAACUGGGAGUGCCGGCUGAUUAUGUGGCCAGGCUAAGGAGGCUUCACGCGAGGACCCGCAUGGUCUCACAGUGGGGGAAGCGUAGGGCGGAGGAGGUAGAGAUAGAGCUCGGGGUAUAUCAGGGGUCGCCUAUAUCGCCCUACUUAUUCAUCAUCUACACCCUCGCGAUGAAUGAAGAGACUGAGAGGAGGCUAGAGGAGGAAGGGCUGAGGGGGGUAGAGGUGGAGAAGAAGGCAGCCGCGGAGGAGGAGCCGCGGCGGGGAUGGGAAAACAGCAGAAGAACUUGGGCGUCAAGAAGGCACCAGUGGGGGAAUCCCGCGCCGGAGGAGCGGCAGCCAGGGCGGGGAGUGGUGGUAGAUGUGCCGGGAGUAAUUGGCGCAAACAGAAACACAGACAAGAGCUUCAGUCUGACAAACUAUGCGGACGAUGCGAGCAUCUGGGGACACAGUGUGGAGAAAACGGUCAGAGCUGUGGAGAUCUUCGAGGAGGUGGGAGCAAGGUACAGCAUGGUCGUGAAUAAGAGCAAAACCGAAGUGCUUACGAGGGAAAAGCUGACAACUGAAGAGAGGCGGGCGCUAAAUGAGAGACUUGGCAAUGUGCAGUACGCUUCAGGGGGGGCGGACCUCAUAAAAAGAAAUGGGAAGCUGGUUGGUGAUGUCAUAAAUAUAUAUGGGGCGACCCAACCGGAGGUCUCCGAGCGGCUGAAUAAGGCGAGAAAAAUAGGGCGGGCGAUUGGCCCACUUUUGAGAGAUGAGGACAUAGAUCGGAUAGAUCGCAAGAUGUUAGUAGAGGCACUGGUAGACACGGUGCUGCUCUAUGGUUUGGACACGUCGAAGCUGUCUGACCAUGACAUAGAGCAGAUGCAGCAGCUCCAGGCCAAGCUGUUGCGUAUGGUGGCAGCGCCAGGAGACGAAAGGCGCAUAGGCGAGGCCUGGGCAAAGAGGAAGAAGGAGCUAGGGAAAGACCUAAGCAAAGAGCGAAUGGCCGAGGCCUAUAGGCAGGUGGAGGAGGGCAUACGAAUGAAACAGGAGGAGGUGGACAGACGUGUCCCGACGCCGACGGUGCGAAGCAAGUGGGAGCGCUUGCGGCUUCUCGCGGUGGUCGACCGCUACAGGGAGGAGAAGUGGGGGAGAUGCCUAGGCAGCGGCGUAGAGUUGAAGGCAAACAGGGGGCCAAAUGUCAUGCCCGCGAGGAGGGUAAAACUGAAGGAGAGAGACAACACGGAGGAACAGAUAUGGGAGAAGUUCAGGCAGAGAGUGACGACGAACCUUCGUGGGAGCGACCCGGGGGGUACGAAGGGAAUGGAGGAACUACAGAGGAUUCAGGAAAUCCUCGGGGACGAGGAGAAGCUCGACAAGGAGCCGGGGGUUAAAACCUGGGUGAAGAGGUUGAAGACAAGAAAUGUGGAAGAAAUGUUGUUCAGGUGCCCGCAGUCGAUACAUUGGAAGGAGCUCUGGAAUGCGGCGACGAGGGUGCUGCAUGACACCAGGAGAGGGGAGAAGGAGGCAAGGGACUGGACAAUGUGCGAACACUGUGGCAGAGAAGGCCUCAAGGGGCCGCGGGGACUUGUAGGGCACUGGGUUAAGACAGUGAAAAGCAAGAAAGAAGGAGACCAAGAGGUGCGUGGGGAAAAGGCAGCGCGAAAGAAGCUAGAGGAGUGGAAGGACAUGAAGAGGGGCGAAGGGGGUGAGCCAGGGGAAGGAGAAGAAGGAAGGGUGAGCAACGAGAUGCGCAAGAUGUUUCGGGAGUUGUACCUCGAGGGAACAGGGGCCACGGCUGAGGAGAUCGAGACCGCUGUGGCGGAGGCAAUAGAAGUGGACGCUUGGCCAUGGCAGGGGGCUGGAAUCUAUGCGCAUGACCGAGGGGAGGCGGAGGAGGUGAGGGACCUCGCCAGAGAUUCCAUCUUCUGCAUGGAGGUGCAGGAGGAGGAGGAGGGAGAGCGUUGCGAGGUGCCCUGCCUCUGGCAGGUGAAGAGCUGCAGGGGCAGCGUGUCAGAAAUUAGAAGGUGUGGGAUGUGUCAGAUCAGUUACGGCAUGAGUGAGGCGCAUGCCAAUUGGUUGAAAGGUGCGAAAAGGAUCAGGAAGGACGAGAAGCGGUGGGAGGUUUUCCACGGAGUCAAGCGGCUAAGGUGGGACCCGAUCGCGAAGGUUCACGUGUGUCCCUUUAAGGUGAAGGCAUGCCGCUGGCCGGAGGAGCCAGGGGCCCAAUGGUGUGAAGGGUGCAAAAAAAUAGAGGGUGGGGAACUAUGGGCAGAGCACAAACGUGCCAAAGAGGAAGAAGAGGAGAAAAGAAGAGAAAAAGGGAGAAAACAGGAAGAAGAGAAGAUGGAGCGGAAACGAAAAAGAGACGAAAAAGACGAAGAGGAAGAGGGGCGCAAACUUGAGCAGAAGAGGAGAAAGAGGGGCAAACAGGUGGGGCAGGUGCAGGCGAAAACAAGGAAGCGAGAAAGAGAAGGGAGCGAGGAAAAGAGCCAGGAGGGAGAAAAGAAGAAGAGGAGGCGGGGCGGAUCGGUCAGCGAAGGGGCUGAGAAAAACAAGAAGAGGAAAAGAGGGAAGAGCAUGGAAGAAGAUGCGGAGGGAGUAAAGCGGAGAAGGAGAGGGGCAGCCCCGGGUGAAGAAGGAGACGGGGCCAGAAGGGGGACAAGUGCAGAGCGUAAGGGCCAACCGGGUGAGGACGGGGAAGGAGGUGGAGAAACGCAGGGAGGAGAAAAAGGGAAGAGGUUGCCAACAGCGAAAAGGGGCCGGCAACAGAAGCGCAAAGUGGCCCACAGUGAAAAGGGCACAAGGCGCAAAGUGUUGGGACGACCUGACCCGGAGAGUGGGGGCAGGAUUGAAGGAAAGGGAAAGAAAGGGGCAGGCCAGGAGAAGGCGAAAGAAACCCGCAAGAGAGAGCGGGGGGAAGGUGUGCAGGCUGCAAGUGCAAGAGCAGGCAAGCGCGCAGGCGCGGAGCCGAAAUGCCGCGGAGUGAAAAAGGGGGCCAAAGGGGGUAGACCCAUGGCCAAGGGCAGCCAAGUAGAGGAGGGCAAGCCCAGCCAAAGAAAGCAAAGGGCUGGACGAAAUGAGGCCAGAAGAGCCGAAAUGAAGGGGCCGCUUAAGGGGAGGCCCCCUGAUGGGGAAGGUUGAGAAGGCGGGCGCCAGAGGCAGGCGCCGCACUUUCCUGGGGUCCCCCGGAGGGUUGGCGGAUGGAGUUCCGCGCCCUCUUUGCGGGGUCGAGUUGGGGUCUUUUAACCCUUUGAAGAGGGGCACCCUCUUGAGGAUUAUGGAGACAGGGGAUAGAUGGAAUCCCGCCCCACCCGAUCGCUGGGUGCAUCAAGUCAAGUCAAAGUCAAGCCAAGUGAACUUUUUGGAACAGACAGAUGAAGAAGACUGGCCGAGUGACCACCGGAACAAACGACACUAACAACAAUCCUAUACGACAGGCGUGGACGCGUAAAGUAUUGCAUGGCGAUACUAGAAGGGCCAGGGGUCCAGCAUGAGCGUGGCGCUGUCGAUGUUUGAAAAAGUCACGUGGUGACUGUAAACUGAGACCCACAAUAAAUAUGAAGUGGGUAAUUCUCCAGGGGGGAAACACAUGGAGCCAGAACUUUCGUGGAAAGUCAUCGCGGAGCCAGGGGCUACGCGCGGCGAUAGUGGUUGGUGGUCCACUGUGAAAGACCAUCAGCGUGGUGAAGAUGAUGUAAAGAAGAAGAAGACAUAUAAUUAAUGACGUAGCAAGUAUCUCACUUUUUUUUUCAGUACCCCCCUGGGUGAUAAGAAGUCCUGCGCUUGAUCUUUGAUUUCUACUGAAGAGGAAAAGUGAGAUCCUGAAAUCUACGAGAGUUCCUCUCGGUCACGAGAGUCUUGACAGCAGGAGUUGAGACCUGCUGUCUAACUAAAUGAGUUCAUUGAGGCGAAAGCUCGACGAGGGAAGUAAUUAGUCGAUCGAUCUAGUCUAUUUGUCUACUCGUUGAGAAGGAAAGAGAUCGGCCGCAUUAUCGAUCUCUAACAUGAGUCAAAUCCUAGCCAUUUCAUCAAAUGGAACAGUUUACAGGAAUGGAAAAGUAAAGUUUUAUUUUGAUGUUGAAAAAUCUUCUUCGCUGACGCUCAGAGUAUUAAGGUGCUCAAGAACAACGACACAACGUUUACGAUCGUUUUUCCCCUUGAGAGAUCUCAACGCUUCCACUUUCAACAGAACAGAGAAAUCCCCAAAAUGAAAAUAAUGCCUCCUCUUCCUCAAAUUUCUAUUUCAUGUCCUCCGCUUCCGUGUUGACUCGCCUUCUGUGGUGCUUGGCUCUGGUGCCGACCGUGAGUUUUUUGCCAAGUUACGUGAUUACCCUUGGGACUUCGCAUCAAAUAUGGAGUGGGUUGUGCAAUUGCGCUCACGAAAACCCGAAUUGGGCACUCUGGACGCACAUUUUCAUCAUGUUUGUGUGGAUCAACAUGCUGUUUCCGCAGCUGCUGUCCCAUACUGGUGGAACGAGUCGGGAGCCUGUGUUGAUGGAUCAGGAAAGUCAAAAGCAAGAAGGAGGGGAAACGAGUCGGGAGCCCGAGUCGGAUCAGGAAAGUCAAAAGCAAGAAGGAGGGAAAACGACACUGACGACACCGCUUUUGGCAGGUUUUUCUUAGAUAGUCCUUUUGAUUUCUCUAUGCGUUUGAGUUACUAAGAACUAGUCACUUGUAAGUACACGAAAACUAAAUACUUCUCGUGGUUUUGGUUUUUCGAGAUAUCUUCAAUACUCUUACUCAUCAAGCGUAGUAAGUUUUUAUGAAGCAAGUUGUGAAAAUAAAAGUUUCAACAUCCGUCAACAGUCCACGACAACACCAGGUGGAUCUUCCGCCUCCUCUUCGCGAAACCCUCCUCUCACCGCACCCUCCGCCACCGAGUCAGUCACCCAGCAGCAGAUGUCCUUCCUCCAUCGCUGCAUCGUCGACGAUUCCCUUCCCAGUUUUCUCAAGAACAAUUGCUUUUUCCCUCUACGAACUGUCGGCGACCUGAAGUUUUUGCAUCAGAGCAGUGGCUAUGCCGCUUAUUUCCUAGUCUUUGGAGGCAUGUACACGGCGGUGUACUUGUGGUCUUUUCCGAACGCAACAGCGAACGUCCAUGAAGACGACAGCGGAAAUGGAUAUGUUGUAUGGCAUGGAGCAAUUGGCUUAGAGUUACAGUGUCAGGUGUGGGGUUCAGAACAGGCAGUUCUUCUUGCUGUCGCGUGCGCCUUCGCGUUACUUAACGCUAGUGUUUCUACUGAAGUGAAAUUUCAUUGACCAGAUCGGCCUAAAACUAGAUGUUAUUUUCGUCCCGUCAUGAUCAACUCCUCUUUCCUUCCUUACCUGGAGCGCUGGGUCCACACUCCUGAACGGCCAAGAGGAAGGCAUUUCUGUUGGCGGGAAGCCAGUUGCGAGCACGGAUUUGUACACAGAGUUUCUCCUCUGGAUGUCGCUGAGCCACAUGGCUAUUGGCAUUCUCUACGCGAUUCGCAUGCGUGGUCUUGGCAACGAAGGCAAGGAGGCCAGAGCUGUAGCGCGUGGGGAACGACGACACUCGAGUAUAGUGCGAUUGUCCAAAGGCAUAGAUGAAAUCUCAACAGCAACAGCGACUUCGUGGACGCAGUUCUGUGAAUGGAUCUCAGCGAAGUUUGGGGACACCGAUCCUCAAGAGCAAAUCAUAAGUGAGCCAGAGACAACUACAGUCUCACCCUCUUCAUCUUCCUCAAGAACAACAACGAUCUCCAACCACCAUCUAGAACUGAUCAAGGACGCCAGUUGUACGACGCCGAGAGCAGAAAGGGAUCGGGAUGAGCAGAGGACGUAUUUGUUGGAGAGACACAAAGAAUGGAUCUUUAUGGGCAUCUUGUGGAUCACCGACCCAGCAAUCCAUCGAUUCGUGUGGUGGGGACGGAUUAUUUGGCUGAGAUAUGUGUACUCAUACUCUUAUACUUAUUAUAAAUUUGGCUGCGAUAACGAUAUGUGUACUUUCUACUUACUUAUUCUUUUGCUUGUUUUCAAGUGUCCUCUGUAGAAGCAGAAUCCUUGAAGAAGUAAGCAGCUGCAGAGCAGCCGGAAAUGAAAAAAUAGUGUCGAAAACGAAAUCCACUUCUUGUUCUUCUAAUCUAUAGAGGACCUAUUUCUUUGGUCUUCAUCUCGAAAAAUACCUUCACCGCCCUCAGGUACUUCCCCAUCAUGCAACCUGACGAGUACAACGAGUACGUGAAUGGGCAAUCGGGGAAUUUUGAGCUUUUUAAGCUUUGGACCGACAUGCAAGGACAGUAUUUUGCGCUGUCCGUGGGAAAAAUGUGGGUCAAUUUAUCCCUUUUCUUUGCCUUAGGAUGUCACGCAGUCCGAAGAGCAGACGAGUACAGAAUAGCGCAUAACAGGAGGAGAAAAGCAGAUAUGAAGGCUGGAAGGCUGAGCAGGAGCAGCCUGAAGAUGCAAGAGGAAGAAGCAUCAGCUCUAAGUAUCGGACACUUUUCUUUACUUCAUGUGGUGAACUUGGUGUUCAUUUCACUGUGGUUUUGGUUGAACGGUGUAGACCAUAUGUUUUGGUAUCAAGGAGCAGUCCCACUAUGGAUUUAUGGAGAGAUCCUUGUCCUUUUCACGCUCAUGACCUUCGGAAUCUACGCGAUAUUUGUUGCAAAGUAA